AUGUUCUUGGGGGCGCGGCGACGCGGACGACCUGCGACCGCCGCGGACGGCCAGCGCGCGACCCCCGACGACCAGCGCGCUGCCGCGGACGGCCAGCGCGGCCUCGCUGACGGCCCGCGCGCUGACGCGGACGGCCAGCGCGGCCCCGCCGACGACCAGCGCGCUGACGCGGACGGCCAGCGCGGCCCCGCCGACGACCCGCGCGCUGACGCGGACGGCCAGCGCGGCCCCGCCGACGACCCACGCGCUGACGCGGACGGCCAGCGCGGCCCCGCCGACGACCCGCGCGCUGACGCGGACUGCCAGCGCGGCCCCGCCGACGAGCCGCGUGCUGACGCGGACAGCCAGCGCGCGGCCACGAAAGAACCGCGCGCCACCACGGACGGCCAGCGCGCGGCCGUCGACGCCCCUGCGCCGACGUGGACGGCUGGCGCGCAGCCGCGGCUGAUCUGCCCGCCGUCGCCAGCAGCAGCAGCGGCAUCGGCGGCGGCGGCAGCAGCGGCAUCAGCGGCGGCAGCAGCAGCGGCAUCGGCGGCGGCAGCAGCAGCGGCAUCGCGGCGGCCAGCAGCGGCAUCGGCGGCGGCAGCAGCAGCGGCAUCGGCGGCGGCAGCAGCAGCGGCAUCGGCGGCGGCAGCAGCAGCGGCAUCGGCGGCGGCAGCAGCAGCGGCAUCGGCGGCGGCAGCAGCAGCGGCAUCGGCGGCGGCAGCAGCAGCGGCAUCGGCGGCGGCAGCAGCAGCGGCAUCGGCGGCGGCAGCAGCAGCGGCAUCGGCGGCGGCAGCAGCAGCGGCAUCGGCGGCGGCAGCAGCAGCGGCAAUCGGCGGGCGGCAGCAGCAGCGGCGGCACCAAUACCAACAGCAGCAGCGGCGCCUUCACCCCUCCGCCGUCAUGGCGUCAUCCGACUCCUCGGUCGAUCUAGCGACCAUUGACGCCCUCGAGCUGCUCGGCGACAACUCGGCCGCCAACUGGCACUCCUAUGCUCACUCCGUCGAGGUGUUGCUCUCCUCGGUCAUCGUCAGUGGUUAUACACUCCGCUCCGUCGUGUUCCAGGAGGAAGGCGGACUCCAGCCCAUCGCCCCUUCUGCCCCCACCGGACCUCCUCCUGAUGAGCCCGGACCUGAGCCCGAGUCCCCUGGUGAUCCUCCCUCCUUCGCACCGGAUGUCAACAAUCCUCAAAGCGUGGAAACUGCCAUCCGUGCCUACCGCAACACACUCAACGACCACCUUCGCCGUCAACUGCGCUAUGAGGACGACAAGCGCGCCUACGACGAGGCUGCUGCCCGUCACCGCGACUACCACGCCCAACUCACCACGUACACUACACGCCUCGCUAGCUACACCUCCGACAUCGCUGCGUGGCGCAUUGCUGACCGCCGAGCUCUCGCCAUCCUCCUCGCCACUAUCCCCUCCUCCCUCAAGCGAGAACUCUCACCCACCUCCUCCUCCCACCUGUGGCAACUGCUUGUCGACCUCUUUGACCGGCAGGACAUCGCCACCCUCUAUGCCCUCAUCAAGGACUUUGGAUCCAUCACCAUGGAUUCCACUGCCGGUGCAGCCGCCUUUACUCGCCGCGUCCUUGACCUUGCUCGCCGCCUUGCAGCACUUGGUGUUACCUACCCUGACACCGUCAUCUGCUGCCACCUCCUCGAAGGCCUCACUCCUGCCUUCGAUGCCCACAAGCUGGCCUAUAUGCAACUCCUCUCCAAACAUGACACUCCCGCUCAAGUUGCCCAGUGGAUUAUCACCACCGAGGCAGAAAUCCUUCGCCACUCCUCCUCCACUGCCGCGGUAGCACAGCAGCGCAGCGGCAAAGGCGGACGUGGAGGGGGGCGUGGAGGCCUUUGCUCUCCCCUCUCAGCAGCAGCAGCAGCAGCAGCAUCAGCAGCAGCAGCAGCAGCAGCAGCAGCAGAGUGUACAACAGCAGGGACCGCAGCAGUGGUAGUGUGA